GGAGUCCUCAAGAGUCGCAUUGGUGUUCAAAUCUUGUAGCGGUAUGUCUUAACUCUGUCAACUGUUUCGCCUAUUUCAUAAUGUCGAGUGAGGUGAGUAUUUCAACGUCUGAUUACUUUGAAAGCUUUUUUUCACUUUCAUUUACACGUUAUGGGUCGGACAAGUCUUUUUUCCUUAUCACAUUGCCCUUGAUGCAGUGCGAACUUGUAACGCGUUACACUUAGAUGUGUGUAAACUCAUCAGGUAGCUGGUCGUGCACUGUCAAAUAGCUUCUGAUCAUAGGCUUUGCAAUAUCGUACAGAAAAUAUUACGUACGUUAGUUGACGUCUUUUUUUCAGUGUGUGCGUUAAGUUUAAAUUUGAAGAUCGUUGCGGGAAAGUAAAAUGAUUAUGAAAUCGAAAGUUAACCGGCCUUUUGAAAGGGAUAGGUAACUUGCUGCUGUAGGUACGAUUGGUUAGGAGAAAUUUUUAAGCAAUUCAAGACAUUCAGGAAAAUUAGAAAUAUAAGGUUUAUGCAUUGGAGGUAACUAACCGCAGGAAUAGUAGUGCAAUGUUUAUCGUACGUUCAACAAUGGAAUUGUCCUUCCCCUCUCCUCACACCACACCCCCAGGCCACCCCUGUAAAGGACAUCGUAAGACCCUACAGAAAAAGCCAUACAAGAGACUAGUUUUACUGGUGAUUGAUACAGAGUAUAAAACAGAAUAGAAUCAGCUCAUUAAAAAUUAUUUUGUGUUUAUAUCUGUUUUGAUUUUGUUCUAGGAGCCUGUUACAGCCAAUGAAAUAGAAGAUACCCCAAAUGGCACCACUGGAACAUCCAGUAACCACCAGCCAAUUUCAUGGAGAAACAAUCCUCACAGGUUGUUGACUGUGGAAAUAGUCAUUUUCCUUUAUCUCACUGGUAUCAUUUUGGAAAUCCCAGUUAUACAACAGUACUUAUAUCACAGAGCUAGGGAAGAACUGAAAGUACCUGGAGAAGAUGAAAAUGAUACUAUCUGUAAUCCUCGUUAUGAAAAUAGUUCGGAACAUAGGUAAGUACAUAUUAUACUACAGACAGUUUCUGUAUGAUUUCAUCAAUAAUUAUUACUUUUUCAUGAUUGGGAAAUCUUGAUAGGCUCAGGACAUACAGUAUAAAUCCAUCUUUUUCAGUGAAGGAGGAAAACAAAAUGUUUUUUUUUAAGUGGCCAGUAUGAUAAAAUCCCAGUGCAGGAAGAUAGCAACCUAUCAUUUGAAUUAUGGUGCCACACUCCUCUCCCAAUAGAUAUGGAUUAAUUUCCCCAUCUGAUCUGACUCACCAUAAUGCCUUAGCUAGAGACUCAGGCAUGAGUUGUGUAUUUAUUUAGUGGCUGUUAUUAAGAAAUUGAAAUUAGACAGUGUGAAAGACCUGGUGAGAAAAAAAUUACAGGGUUCUUUUCUUUUAUGAGAAAGAGGAAGCCUUACAAUUUGUCCUUCUCCCAAGAUGUGGUUGCACCUAGCUGGUGUCUGGACGGUACAGGUUUGAAUCCUAUUGCUUUUUUCUGUGAUUGCUAAAAUUGUAGUCCACCUGCUAGGAUCAUUCCUUCACUUGUUUAAUUUUUUUCAUCGGCAGGUGAAAUGAAAUUUAUUUCUUAACAAAAUAUUAUUAAUAGCUGUUGUCUUUUUACUUUCUUUAAAAAAUACAGCAUGGAUGAUAAAGUGCACAAAAAAGCCUCACAAUACAUUUUAUGGGUGAGCAUGGCACUUACACUCCCUGCCAUCUUCAUGGCUUGUUUCCUUGGUUCAUGGUCAGACAAAAGGGGACGAAAGGGACCCAUGAUAACUGCAUCUGUUGGAAGUGCUUUGGAUACCUUGAUUAUUCUGGCAGCAAUUCAUUGGAAACUUCCAAUCUAUGUCUUUAUGAUAGGUGUGUCUGAUUUCUGAUCUCUUUUGUGUAUCUGCAUGAGUGUCCUGGUUAGGUCCAGGGUGAAAGGUUAAUUCCUUCUCCUUCUUAGGAAAAGUAAAAAUAUUUAUUCUAAUGAAAUUUCAUCUUAUAUGAUAUUUCCUCAAAUAGGCCCAAUACUCAAAUAAGCACCCACUUGGAAUAAGUGCCCAUCCCUUGGGCUAUAAUGUCAGACAAGCAUCAUAAUCCUAAUGCUUCUUACUUGCAGUAAAAAGUAAAAAAUUCAUUUACCCCUUUUCAGUUCAAUGAAGCUCUUUCCACAAACAUAACACUUGUUAUAUCUAACUUUUAGAAAAGUAUUAAUAGUGAAAUGUUGAUUGAAAUGAAACUAGAAAUUUGAUCCCCAAUUCAAAAAAGGGUCCAUGACUGAAUUAUUUACAGAAGAGAUCAGAUAAAUUUUGAGUUGUUUCAUGAGUUUUGUCUUGUCUUACUAAGCUUCCCACUCGUCAAUAAUUUUCAGCUGAUCAUUGCCCAAACAAAAGGCUAACUCUUAAAAUGUCAGCUGUAGAAACUCUUUACAGAGGUGAAUGUUCAAUCACCUUAGUUGAUAAGGCAAAAUUAUCUUGUAAUAUUUCCACUGACCCAGCACCACUGUUUCUAUAGAAACUAACCCCUUUUAUUGAUCUGCCAGUAUAUUCUCUCCCACCUCUAAGUCAGAUGUAUGUAGUUGUGCAUAGUCAUCCCAAUCUGACAUUAGCUUGGAAAGAGUGCAUUUCGUUUCCAUUUAUUAUUUAUUUAUUAUAAUUGUUCUUAAUGUUAAUUCUGUUAAUUUUCUUAUGUACAGCAAGUGCAUUGGCUGGCCUAGGUGGCUAUUAUCCUACUAUGGUUCUUGCACUGCUUGCGUAUGUAGCAGAUACAUCCCCACCAGAUUCCAGAGCUUUAAGGCUUGGUAUUCUAGAAGCGAUUGCAUUUAUUUGUGGAACAGUAGUGUAUUUUGUCAGUGGAGUAUGGAUCAAGAAUUAUGGCUACCAGUCUAUAUAUCUGGUGAUACUGUCUUUACAUUUACUCAAUCUUGUGUAUGUUGUAAUCCUUCUUCCUGAAUCAUUACCCCAGGAACUAAAGAAGAACAAAGCAGUCUUAUCCUGCAAUAGUAUUAAAACCAUUUUUACAGUUUACUUUAAGAAGAGAUUGGGACGUUGGGUCCUCAUCACUCUCCUCGUCUGUGCAGUUGUUGUUUACUUAGCUGGAUUUGUUGUACAAACAUUGUUGGUUCUCUUUGGUAAGAGAGACCCUCUCUGCUGGGAGUCAUCUGUUAUUGGUUAUUUUCUUGGGACAGCAUUGUUUUCGAAAGCUGUUGGAGCUGUGGUUGGUAUCAAACUUUGUUCAUGUUUAGGCGUUUCAAACUUUGGUGCUGUUCAAAUUGGAAUUAUUUUUCUCAUGGGGAGUUUAAUAAUGAUUGGAUUUUCUAGGACCACAUUGGAAAUGUUUCUAGGUGAGGUAAAAUUUGUUCUAAGCCUUGUAAAUUUGAUUGCCACCUUAUAUCUAGGCAACUUGCAGAAAAGUUUUUCAUAUCAUGAUUAA